AUGGCUGCAGAAACAGCGACGAUUUUCGACGUGGAAGAAAAAGGCCAAGAGGGCGCCAUCCACGAAGCCACUGUGACUUUUGAGGCGGACAACAACGCCGUCAAGCGGAAAGCUUUGAUUUGGAAGCAGGACUUGCGGAUCGUGCCGCUGUCAGCGGGAAUCUACCUCCUGUGCUAUCUUGAUCGAUCGAAUAUUGGGAACGCAAAGACUCUCAAUAAGAACACGCACGAUGAUUUACUUUCUGAUACUGGCAUGACCAACUAUCAAUACAUCAUCGCACUUAUGGUUUUCCUGAUCGCCUAUGCGAUUUUUGAAGUCCCGUCCAACUACUUCCUUAAGAAACUGAGUCCCAGCAAGUGGAUCGGAUUUUUGAUGCUCUGCUGGGGCGCUAUCACCAUGGGAUUGGGCGGUACCAAGAGCUACGCGGCCGUUACUGGCGUACGGUUUCUGCUUGGGGUAUUUGAAGCUGGACUGUUUCCUGGACUGGUCUAUUACCUCACGUUCUGGUACAGAAUCGAAGAACGUUCCAUUCGCGUGGCUUUCAUCUUAGCUUCCGCAACCCUCGCCGGCGCGUUUGGUGGAGCUAUUGCCUACGGUGUCGGUCAUAUGAAUGGUACCAGUGGGCUGUCUGCUUGGAGGUGGCUGUUUAUUCUUGAAGGCAUCCCGUCCUGCCUAAGUUCGAUCCUUGUCUUCUUCUUCUUGCCGGACUACCCCGAGACGGUGAAUUGGUUGGAUUCAGAGGAAAAGGAACUUGCGAUAACGAGACUGGCGACUGAGGGUUCACAUGGACAUGGAGAGGACCUGACCUGGAAGCAAGCAAAGGAGACUUUGACGGAUUGGAGGUUAUACGCCCAUUAUGCUAUUUAUUUCGGCAUCUCGGUUCCUUUCUCCAGUCUCUCACUCUUUACACCAAGUAUUACCGCCGGGUUGGGAUACAAAGAUCUCAAUGCCCAACUUUUCACCGUCCCACCCUAUGCCGUGGCAUACGUUGUAACCAUUCUGGUAUCUUGGUCCGCCGACCACUUCGAUGCACGAGCACUGCAUUCCGCUGUCUUUGCCACGAUCGGUGCUGCUGGUUUUAUGGGCUCUGCUCUUCUCCCAGCACAUUCCUAUAGCGCGCGUUAUGGCUGCCUCAUCGUGGCCACAUCCGGUGCAUUUUCAUGCAUCCCACCCCUCCUUGGCUUCCUGUCCUCGAAUAUGUUCACGACUGCCUCGGCCGGCUUAGCUAUUGCUCUAAACAUUAGUUUUGGGGCACCUGGACAGAUUGCUGGUGUUUGGAUCUACAAGGCUGAUGAGGCUAAGAUAGGGUAUCCUACCGGUCAUUGGACCAACGCCGGACUGCUGUUUUUCGUAACUGUAGGCUGUGUAUUUUUGAGACUGUGGUAUGGGUGGAUGAACCGAAAAAUGAUUAAAGCAGGUGUGAACGAGGAGGUGGAUGGCAGAAGAUUAUUUAGAUACUAG